GAUUUCUCAGUUACCAAUGUCAGCUCUGAAAGAUUGACUUGGGGCUUUGAUUUGAGAGCUGCAGAAGACCUCCUCAACAAAGGCAUAUUUAAGAUUCUAGAUCAAGACGCAAAUUUUGCUUCUGUUGAUGGAAACAAUUACAUUGAGAGUCAGCUGGACCCUGGCCAGAAGUGUACGGUCCAUAUCAACUUUUGUCCUGCAACUGCAUGCAAGUACCAGAUUGUUAUCCCUGUUGGCAUCAACUCAAACUGGAAUAAACCUUUUCAGUUCUUGGAGUUAGUUGGAGAAAUGAAAGCUCCAACAAUCUGGUUUGAACCUGCCAAUAUUGUGCUAACACCCGUCCCACUGCUGACUGAGACAUCUGCUGAGUUCACACUGUUUGCAUUACAUUACAAGAAACCAACCAGGUUGACUGUUUCAACACCAUACAUUGAAUGUGAGGAUGAGUCAAAGAUCUCCCCGCUGUCUGUAACAUUUCUGGACAAUGAUGUCAUCAAGCCUGUCGAAGGUGCCUCAAUUCAGGUGGACCCAUGUGCUCUUCUGUGCAAAGUUACAUUUUCAAGUGCAAAGCCAAUAUCAUUCUCUCAGCCAGUGGUCUUCUUUGAUGAGAAACGAAACAAAUUCCAAGUUCAAGUGACAGCAACAGCUGAUAACUGUCUACUGACUUGUUAUCCAUUUUUAGCACAGCAUCAGUGUGACUAUAAAAUUAUUUGUGAACAGGGUUCUUUACCCAAAGGCUGCAGGACUGCCCAGCGAAAGAAAGAAGAUGAGGAAUCUGUGAGGUCAGGAGAAGCAGUGCUGGUGUCUUGUAUGUCUUCCUGUCAGACAAAUGGCAGAAGUACUAGUGCCACCAGCUCCAGUUUUGAACCGUCCUCAUCCAGUUAUGAGAGCUCCACGGUUGUUACUGAGUCAGGUUCCUGUGUGCCAGGAGCAAGGGAAGGUGCCAAGAACAAAUCACCAACAUGUUCCGAUUGUGGAAGAUACAAGACAGGAAGUGCUGCCUCAGCCAUAUUCCCACCUGAGGACUCAGAGGAAGCUGCAUAUUUCAUGGAAGUUUUGAAAGCUGUACAGAGGUGGUUCUCCUACCAUGGCUGGCCUGGAGGACCAUAUCCAAUUGUAAUCCCAGAAACGCUGAGAACAGCCAUUAGCAAAAAGACAGCUGCAGAAGUGAUUAAGAAUGCAGAAGAGGCAACCAGUAAGACAAAUCAGAUGAAAGGAAAGGUGAAGAGCAAAGGAAACUACAACAGACUGGUCAAAACCAUUUAUGACAUGAUUACAUUUCUGUCAGGAAGAACUCUGCCAGGAAUUCCUGCCAAUGUCUCCCUGCCAAGCAAUCCAGUGGAUCGAGUUAGACAGAUUUACUGGCAACACUGCACGCUUCUAACAUUCCUGAGAUGUCAAGGAGCUUGUGUGGCUUCCAUCCUUCCAGAGUUUCUGAUGACACCAGGAGAUUUUGUUCUCUGGAGACAGCUACAGCGAACUGCCAAACUAGAACUCCUUCAGCAAGGAAAUAUGGAGGAGGCUGAGAAGAUCCAGCUGUCUGAGGAUAUUGGGGAGGAAGUCUUUGAAGCCUUUUCCAAAAGAAUGUGGACAGAUGUCAUGCUGCAGAUACUGAAGGUGCUGGUCUUGGCCAGAGUUACUCCCAAGACACUUAAGGCUUUGUCGAUCCCCGACAGAGAUAUUGUUAUGCCAGUCGUGACCCCUGACCCCUUGUCCAGCAACAUAUACAGUGUGUCCGAGCGUAUCCUCCUGGCAUGGAUGAACUACCAUUAUGAAUACAACAGAGAAUUGAUCUGGAAAAAAAGUCCCAAAGGUGGUGUGCCACCAGCUCGGUGGAUUGUCAAUUUUGACUAUGAUCUGUUGGAUGGACUGGUUCUGGCUGCUCUCUUAGGCUCUCAUAUGCCAUUUCUAAUCAAGACUCACCUCCAAGGAAUGUAUACGAGUCCAGCCACAGCCGAGCAGUGCCUCCAUAAUGCCCUGAAACUGGUGUCUGCCAUGAGAUAUGUUGGCAUAGAUUACGACAUACACGCCAUAGAUAUCACAGAUCCGAACCCCAUCUCCAUGCUGUUGUUUGUUGUUCACUUGUAUGAGCGGCUGCCACAAUAUCUGCCCAAAGCCACCAUGGAUUUUGUUGGCAGUCUUCACAGUGUUGUAGCCCGCCAGUUUUAUUUAAUUUCUGACAGGUUGAAAGUUUCCAAUGCUAGUGCCAAAAGUCUGGUCUACAAUGUCCUACUUGCAGGACAAGAUGCGUGUGACUUUAGUGUACCCAAAGGAAGUGUAAUAACUGUGCCGUCCAAAUCAACUCUGCUGCUUACUGUGGAAUUCAGAAGCCGAUUCCUUCGUCCAGCAGAAGCUGUUCUAGCUUUGGUAGGAAAGAGGCAAGGAUCAGCCAUAGGAAAUACAAUGAUUUUCAAUUUGACUACAGAAAUUGAGACUAUAAAGCCAAAG